AUGAAGGGAUUCAGACAGCGCGUGCAUGAGCAGCUCUCGCGAGCUAAGGACAGCAACAAGAUCUCCAAGAAAGCGAGCAAGGAACAAUCCUCGGGCACUGCUUCUCCUCACAGCGGCGCUGCCCAGUCGCCCGCCGGCACCCCCUCGUCCUCGACCCAAAAUCUUGCCGAAACCCGCAAACCAUCAAACGAUGGCUCGUCUUCGGCCCAGCAGCAGCCAGCCAUGUCGCAACACCAAUACCUCCAGCAAAAUCAGGGUGCUAACGGCACUCAAAGCCCCAACCGCUACAACCAGCAGGGUCAUGUUCCUCCUCCUGGCGCCGCUGAAACCAUGCCUCACGACCUGGCCCCGCCCAAGGCUGGCCAGAAAUCGCUGCUGUUCGACAGAUUGCAAGCCACUCCCAAAGAUACAGUGCCCGAGGGCGUGCGCACCCCCAAGCGCCAACAUUCGUCAAGAUUCGACAUUUCAGAUCAGAGACAGCGCGAACUGGAAAAGCUGCCCGGCUUCCACGAGGUUCCUCCCAACAGACGCCAGGAGCUCUUUAUGCAGAAACUCGACCAGUGCAACAUCAUAUUCGACUUCAACGAUGCGAGCGCCGACAUGAAGUCCAAGGAGAUCAAGCGCCUUGCGCUUCACGAGUUGCUCGAUUACGUCGCUCAGAACCGCCAGGUUAUCUCGGAGCCAAUGUAUCCCAGAGUCGUCGAGAUGUUUAGCAAGAACUUGUUCCGCCCAAUUCCUCCUCCAAUGAAUCCUCAAGGCGACGCCUUCGACCCUGAAGAAGACGAGCCAGUCCUCGAAGUCGCCUGGCCCCAUAUUCAAGUGGUUUAUGAGUUCUUCCUCCGUUUCAUCGAAAGCCCUGAUUUCAACACAAACUAUGCCAAGCAAUAUAUUGAUCACAGCUUUGUUCUGGCAUUGCUCGACCUUUUCGAUUCCGAAGAUCCUCGCGAGCGUGAUUUCCUCAAAACGACACUUCACCGUAUCUAUGGAAAGUUCCUCAACUUGAGAUCAUUCAUCAGACGUUCUAUCAACAACGUAUUCUUCCAAUUCAUUUACGAGACUGAACGUUUCAAUGGAAUUGCUGAACUUCUUGAAAUUCUGGGCUCCAUUAUCAACGGUUUCGCCCUACCUCUCAAGGAGGAACACAAGCUCUUCUUGACUCGCGUCCUCAUCCCCUUGCACAAGGUGAAGAGUCUGAGCAUGUACCACCCGCAACUUGCAUACUGUAUUGUGCAGUUCUUGGAGAAAGAUGCCGCUCUGACUGAGGAGGUUGUGCUUGGUCUUUUGCGAUACUGGCCCAAGGUCAACAGUACCAAAGAAGUCAUGUUCUUGAACGAGGUCGAGGACAUCUUCGAGGUCAUGGAUCCUGCCGAAUUCGCAAAGGUCCAGGAAGCUCUAUUCAGUCAGCUUGCCAAAUCCGUGGCCAGCCCACACUUCCAGGUUGCUGAACGCGCUCUAUACUUCUGGAACAACGAGUAUUUCUGCAAUCUUGUCAGCGACAAUGUUAACCCUCAGCUGUUCGACGAUUGUUCCCACGACUACACCGAGCAACAAAACAACGCGCCCGAGGUGAAGAAGACCAGACAAGAAAAGUGGGAUAGACUUGCUGCUCUUGCUCAGUCGAUGAAGAGCGGACUCCCUCCAUCGGCUGCUAUCAACACAAGUACCGCACCCAGCGCCACACCCGCACGCACGGACGAUACAGAUCCACUGCGUCUGGAACAACUCAGAUUACAGGAUGACUCGGAGAGGAGACCGAAAGAGUUUGAGAGACAGACCAGCUCGGUACGUUGA